CCUUCCGAGCUGUGUACGUGCGUGCCGGAGAGGAUUGGUGGAGCUUCUGAGGGCGGGGGAGCUGCUUCUAAGUAAUUCCUGUUCAGCCAUGUCGCCGGCUUCAGCUGCAGCUCCGGCUCCCGCGUUGGUCUCCCUGUUUGACCUCAGCGCGGCUGCGCCAAUCCUUCAGGGCCUGAGCCUGGUGAGCCACGCUCCCGGGGAGGAUCUGGCCGGGGCUCCGCGUUCUUCUUGCCCAGGUUCGGGGGAGAGAGCGAGCCCAAAAAAGAAAGUACUUCAGGGUCCUCUGGAUAUUUCAGUAAAAUUAUUUUGUUCUGCCUGUGACCAGACCUUCCAGAACCACCAGGAACAGAGAGAACAUUAUAAGCUUGACUGGCAUCGCUUUAACCUAAAGCAACGUCUCAAGAAUAAGCCUGUCCUAUCUGCUGUGGAUUUUGAAAAGCAGAGCUCAACAGGAGAUCUUUCCAGCAUUUCAGGAUCAGAAGACUCAGAUUCAGCCAGUGAAGGCUUGCAGAUACUGCAUGAGGAAAGGGCUGAAUUUGAGAAGCCUAACCGACCCGGAGGCUUUUGCCCACAUCGCGUUCUUUUCCAAAAUGCUCACGGCCAGUUUAUUUAUGCCUACCGCUGUGUCCUAGGUCCUCAUCAGGUUUCCCCAAGAGAGGCAGAACUGUUGCUACAGAACCUGCAAAGUGGAGGUCCCAGAUACUGUGUGGUGCUCAUGGCUGCAGCUGGGCACUUUGCUGGUGCCAUUUUUCAAGGAAGAGAAGUGGUGACACACAAAACCUUUCACCGUUACACUGUGAGGGCCAAGCGGGGCACAGCCCAGGGUCUUCAGGAUGCCCAGGGUAGGGCAUCACGCUCUGCUGGAGCCAACCUGAGGCGUUACAAUGAAGCCACACUGUAUAAGGAUGUUCGUGAUCUGUUGGCAGAAUCAGGCUGGGCCAAGGCACUGGGGGAGGCUGGGACGAUACUGCUUCGUGCCCCCCGCUCUGGCCGGUCCUUGUUCUUCGGAGGCAAUGGGGCACCCCUGCAAAGGGAGGAUCCCCGACUUUGGGAUAUACCCCUCAACACUCGCAGGCCCACCUUCGGAGAGCUCCAGCGUGUGCUCCAGAAGCUGACCACACUGCAUGUCUAUGGAGAAGACCCUCGGGAGACAGUCAGAUUGCAUUCACCUCAGACAUACUGGAAGACUAUGAGAAAGGAGAGGAUGAAGGUUACUGAGGAAGAAAGAAAAAAGGUGUCUAGUGAUGAAAGUUCAGGGUCGGAGGGAGAAGAUGGUUUCCAGGUAGAGUUGGAGCUAGCGGAGUUGACACUGGGGACCCUGCAUCUUCGUGAGUUUGAGGAAUUGCCCAAGCGGAGGAGAAGAAAAAGGAAUAAGGAUAAAAGUCGAGACCAGGAGACUAGGAAACAUAUUUCUCUUCUCCAGCAACCUCAAGAAGAUGAGCCCUUCUCACCACCAGCCCAGGUGGUUGCAGCCCCUUUGAGCCCUUCGGUCCAAGCGGCCAAGCAGCUCUGGGAUGUGCUUCUAGCUGCUUGUCGAGCUGGAGACAUUGGAGCACUGAAGCUCCAGAUAGCUGCUGGGCUUGAAGACCCUGGAGUUAUAUCCCUACUUAAUGCCCCCUUGGGCUCCGGUGGCUUUACUCUCCUUCAUGCAGCAGCCGCAGCUGGGAGGGGCUCAGUAGUUCGUCUGCUGCUGGAGGCAGGUGCUGACCCCACCAUACAGGACUCCUGGGCUCGGCCGCCUUAUACUGUGUCAGCUGACAGAUCAACACGUAAUGAGUUCCGAAGGUUCAUGGAGAAGAAUCCAGAUGCCUAUGAUUACAAGAAGGCUCAGGUGCCAGGGCCACUGACCUCAGAAAUGGAGGCAAGGCAGGCUACACGGAAAAGGGAGCAGAAGGUAGCUCGGCGGCAACGGGAGGAACAGCAACAGAAGCAGCGGGAGCAGGAGGAACGGGAGCAAGCAGAGCAACAGCGAUUUGCUGCGCUCAGCGACCGAGAGAAGAGAGCACUGGCUGCAGAGCGCCGACUGGCUGCCCAGUUGGGAACCCCUAGCCCUCCAAUCCCUGACUCUGCAGUCAUCAAUGCUGGACGCUGCUGGAAUUGUGGGGCAUCGCUCCAAGGCCUUAUUCCCUUUCACUACCUCGACAUCUCUUUCUGCUCCACACGUUGCCUCCAGAAUCAUCGCUGUCGGGCAGGAAGGCCUUCUUCCUGAUCUCUUACAGUUCCACCUGGAGCCAACUGUAUACCCCAAGAGAGCACAUUCACAUGAGCUCUAGGUUUCUUCUUCCCCAUGAAGUCACAGAUUAUUUGGAAGAUUAGGGUGAGGGACACUCAGGAACCAGGACAAAGACAGGGCCACAGAGGUGUGUGGAGCUGGUACUGUCUCUGGAACUUUUUAAUCACAAUAAAGUUUGGUAAGGAAACUGUACUUGUACUUAUAUUCAGAGGCAUUCUAACCUUUGGUUCUUUAUGGUUACUGUGCCAGCACCAAAGGAUCCUGCCCACUCCAUGUCCUAGGUUCAA